AUGGAAGCAAUUCGCAGUUUAAUUUCCUUGCUUCUGAUUAAUUUUUUAUCAAUUAAAAUUGACUUUUGGUAUUCUUCAUUAGGAAUUUUUGAACUCUACACGGGCAUUGGAGUGGAGCGGACACCAUUCUCGCUUAUGGAUGAAGCGAAAGCUGGCGUUACGAAUACAAUACUUUGUAGUAAUUAA